AGAUGGUGAACUGAGUUUGAGUAGAUCUGUGAUCAAUAGUUCUGAUAAGACAAUUCGAAAGGGUGGCUCCUCAAUCUUCCAGCAUGCUGUAGAAGGUUGGAAAAUCAAUUCUUCUUUGGUACUGGAAAUAAGAAAGAACAUUCUUCGAUUCUUGGAUGCUGAAAGAGAUGUCUCAGUGGUCAAAAGCAGCUUUAAGCCUGGAGAUGUAAUCCAUUAUGUACUAGACAGACGUCGCACCCUAAACAUUUCUCAGGAUUUGCACAGCCUUCUCCCUGAAGUCUCCCCAAUGAAGAAUCGCCGAUUUAAAACUUGUGCAGUUGUUGGGAAUUCUGGCAUCCUUCUGGACAGUGGAUGUGGAAAAGAGAUUGAUAGCCAUGACUUUGUAAUAAGGUGA